AUGGUCUCUCUUCGUGUCCCCCCAAAAUAUGUGCUGGCGAGCAUCCUGUGCUCGUUUGGCGGGUUUCUUUUCGGAAUGGACACUGGCAUCAUCGGUCCUGUAACCGUCAUGAACAGCUAUGUCGCAAGUUUCGGCGCCGUCUCAUCGACCGUCCAUGGUCUGAUCGUCUCCGCCAUUCUCAUCCCAGCCGCCAUUUCAUCUUUCCUUGCGGGAAAAGUUGCGGAUAUUCUCGGCCGACCAAAGGGAAUUAGUCUUGGGGCUUUUAUUUUUGGCCUGGGCGCCGCUCUUGAGGCGGGGGCUGCCGAUUUGGCGAUGUUUAUUGUUGGGAGGUGUAUUGAGGGUAUUGGCGAAGGGUUGUACUUGGGUACUUUGGUUGUGUAUAUAUGUGAAAUCUCACCCCCCAGUAAAAGAGGGCCACUCACAUCCACACCCCAGCUCCUCAUUACCCUGGGCCUUUGUGUGGGUUUCUUCAUCUGUUACGGUUCCACUAAUAUUGGCUCCUCUCUCUCAUGGAGACUACCAUUUGCAAUUCUUUCUGCUUUGUCAUUUUCGUUCUCUCUGGCUGCGCUAUGGCUUACCCCCUCACCACGCUGGCUUACGCUUCGCGGUCGUACCGCAGAAGCAGCUGCUACCUGGGAUAUUUUAGGUGUCAGCCAUGCAGAGCGCGAAAAGAUUGAGAUUGUGGAGCAGAUACGUGAAGCUACCGAAGUGGAGGAAACAGACGCCUCAUGCUCUGCAACUCGACAGGAUGCUCAUCAAGGACCCAAGAAGAGGAAUAGCUUCUGGGAACUUUUCACGCAUGAUGUGCGUGAUCGUACAUUCCUUGCAAUCUUUAUGAUGGGAAUGCAGCAACUCAGUGGCAUCGAUGGUGUUCUUUACUACGCCCCUCUCCUCUUCCAACAAGCCGGCCUCUCGUCCUCCGAAGCAUCAUUCCUCGCCUCCGGAGUCUCUGCUCUGGCCAUAUUUGGCGUAACAAUCCCCGCCCUCAUCUGGGCCGAUGGCUGGGGCCGUCGCCACAGCACCAUCUACGGCGGCAUCGGCCUCGGUGUUAUCAUGUUCCUGAUCGGCGGCCUCUAUGCCGGAACUGCAGUCCACGGCAACUCCGGUGCAGGACGAUGGGUGGUCAUCGUCUCGAUCUACUUAUUCGCAAUGCUAUACUCCCUCUCCUGGGGCGUGGGUAUCAAGAUCUACGCCGCUGAAAUUCAGCCUCAACACACACGCGCAGCGGCUACAAGUUUGGCGCACGGAAGUAACUGGAGUGCAAAUUUCUUGGUGGCGUUGACAACACCGAUCUUGUUAGCUAAUAGCAGCUACGGGGCUUAG